AUGAUUCCGAUGGAUCCCAUAACACUACUUCUCACCAUGAUCCUCUGCGUGUCUAUUCUGGUUUUGUUUUAUGGACGGAGUAAGAACAUUUAUCACAAUUUUCCUCCUGGCCCGAAGACUUUACCAAUAAUUGGAAAUAUGCACAUUGUAAACAUGAAGAAUCCAACGGAAACAAUGUUGGAGUUGUCAGAGAAGUAUGGACCGAUAUACAGAAUUCAGAUGGGAACAGAGAAGAUUGUGGUCCUGUGUGGUUAUGAGAUGGUGAAGGAUGCUCUUGUUAACCAUGCUGAUCAGUUUUCUGGAAGACCAAAAAUAGCAAUUUUUGACGAUAUAACUGAAGGACACGGUGUUAUUUUUGCACGUGACGAGAACUGGAAAGUUAUGAGAAGAUUUACUCUUUCAACGUUGCGAGAUUUUGGAAUGGGAAAGAAACCCAUAGAAAACAAGAUAAACGAAGAGUGUGAUGCAUUGGUGCAAAAGUUUAACUCGUUCAAAGGAAAACCGUUUGAGAACACCAUGAUACUGAACACUGCUGUAGCCAACAUAAUUGUCUCCAUACUCCUUGGUCAUCGCUUUGAAUAUGACGACCCAAUAAUUAUGAGACUCACACAGUUAGUUAAUGAAAAUACAAGGCUUGUAGGAAGUCCAAUGGUUCAGUUGUAUAACACCUUUCCAUCCCUGAUGCGCUGGCUGCCUGGAAAUCACAAAACUGUUCACAAAAAUGUGGCAGAGCUUGAAGUCUUUGUAAAAGAGACAUUCACAAACCACAAGGACGUUCUGGAUAUAAACGACCAGAGAAAUCUAAUCGACACAUUUCUUGUCAAACAACAAGAGGAGAAGCCUAAUCCAGAGUUAUAUUUCCACAAUGACAAUCUAACAAAGCUUGUGACAGAUUUAUUUGGUGCUGGGAUGGAGACGACCUCGACCACCCUCCGAUGGGGGAUUUUGCUAUUGAUGAAACAUCCGGACAUUCAGAAGAAGGUCCAAGAUGAAAUAGAAAAAGUGAUCGGAUCAGCUCAACCCCAAACGGAGCACCGAAAGCAAAUGCCGUACACCGACGCCGUUGUUCAUGAGAUUCAAAGGUUUGCGGACAUCGUGCCAACCAACCUUCCGCAUGUAACUACUCAAGACGUCACGUUCAGAGGAUACUUUUUACCAAAGGGCACUCAAGUAAUUCCACUGCUGUCAUCGGUCCUGAGAGAUAAGACUCACUUUGAGAAACCGUAUGAGUUCUACCCGCAGCAUUUUCUAGACUCUGAAGGAAAGUUUGUGAAGAAAGAAGCGUUUAUGCCUUUCUCCGCAGGACGAAGGAGCUGCGCUGGGGAAACUUUAGCCAAAAUGGAAAUGUUCCUAUUCUUCACCAGUCUGCUGCAGAACUUCACAUUCCAGGCUCCUCCUGGGGAAGAUCUCGUUCUCACCCCAGUGAUGGGGUUUACCAAUGCCCCAAAGGCCUAUUACACAUGUGCUUUACCCCGCAAAUAAGACCAAGGGCCAAGUCUAUCCCCUAAAGAAACAUUGUCAAUGAAAA